AUGAUCCCAGAACUCUUUGGUAAUGGUGCUAGUGCUUCCCUCAUAGCAAGUGAAAGAAGCUACUCUUCCAUUAAUGGAGGAGUUGGAGGAGGACUUUUAUUUCAACCAACAACAACACAAUCUCCUUCUCCUCCUCCUUGUCCAUCUUCCACAACCACCAUCCCCACCACUACCUCUUCCGCACCAGCAACUACCCCCUCAUCUGAAAACCAACAAAGUCUGAGGUGUCCACGAUGUGAUUCUUCAAACACUAAGUUCUGCUACUACAACAACUACAACCUCACUCAGCCUCGCCAUUUCUGCAAAACAUGUCGUCGUUACUGGACUAAAGGCGGUGCUUUACGUAACGUCCCCAUCGGAGGUGGCUGCCGGAAGAACAGAAACAUUGGCGCGUCGAACAACCCUGCGAAAACCACAGCAAACAAGAUGAAGACAGUUGCAUCAGAGUUCAUUGGAAGGUCAGCAAGUGGUCAUGGGUUCGAUCUCGAACAUAUUGUUCCACCACCAAGCCAAAUCCUUUGGGGCUCUCCACAAAAUUCUUAUCUACUUUCGUUGCUAAGAUCUAACCAAAACCCUAACCCUAACCUUGUGAAGGAAGAAGGGAAUAACUUAAUAGGAUCCCAUGUUUCUCACAUGAUGAGUACUUCUCAGCCGUUGGUUUCAUCAAAUGGUUAUGAUGGUAUUGGACAUGUUCUAUGCAAUCCAUUUUGGAGAAACAAUCAUGAUCAAACUCAACAAUUACAAAACGGUGGCUUUGUACUUGGGGAACAACAUCCUCAACAUCAGCAUCAAAGCAGUGGAAUCCAAGAACUUUACCAGAAGCUAAGGUCUUCAACAUCAUCAUCAUCAUCAGGUAAUAAUUAUUGCACUGAGAUUUCAUCUUCACCAACAGUGUUACUAGGGAACGUGGCUUCUAAUACCAUUUUGGAGACAACUUCAGUUCCUGGUGGUGAACUAGGGUACUGGAAUCCAAUUCCAACUCUCACUUGGUCUGAUCUUCCAACCACCAAUGGUGCAUAUAUCCAUAACAGUAAUAAUUAA